AUGUUAUAUCUGUGUCAUCAACUAACGUUACCUGCUAAUGUUCCAUUUUUUCCACAAACACAUGUGGUAUUUCAAUAUCCACAUUUGAUCCAAAAGCAUGAACUGAUGGAAGUGGAAGAACGUCGUCGAUUGGAAGAAGAAAAAGUUCGUGUACAAAGCAAAGACAAAACUCAGCAAAGUGCAAAUGCUAGUGCUGAAGUAAAAUCCCAUUUAAAAAACUUUAUCACACGAAAAUGGGCGAAAGAAGGAAAGCCAAGUUCAGAAUUAGAUAUGUUGAGAAGAUAUCAAUCGGAACCAGUACUAAACCCUCGUCUGGAAUCUGGUAGUUAUAAAAUUAAAUCAGAAAUACGACAACGAUUACUAACACACCAUCGACAUUCACCAAUAAAUUCAUCAGAUAAACGCCAUUCAAGAUCAACAAAAUCAUCAAAUAGUUUGCAAGAAACAAAUCUUUCAAACAAAAAUCAUCAUAAACUAUAUCCGUCUGUUGUAUUACCACGUACUGAGAGCGAUGACAUUACACAUUAUCAAAAUAAUACUGCAGAUUUUCUGCUUGGAGUAAAUGGAAUCAAUCUUCAUCGAUCACCGUACAGCUGUUCAACUGGUUGUAUAGGCAAGGCUCAAAAAAAUAGUGUGCGUGCACGUUUAGGGCGAAUGUCCGAUAUCUCAACUUCAAGAGAAAGUUCAGAAUGGCAGCAUGAGGCAUUCAUUGGAUAUCACUUACCGUUACGCUUAGCAUUAAGUUGGUCAACACUAAGUUUCAAAGUUUCUGAUGAGAAGCUGACCGCAGGUAAAAUUGAAGAAUAUCGUUUUUUUUUCAUUUUUUUGCAGGAUGUCAUUAGAAAUAAUUUCACAAAUAUACUUGGACGAAAAUAUUUUAUCGUCGAAGAAGAAGAUGAAGCAUUACUCACUAAAGAAUUACAAGAAGCUAAAAUUCAAAGUACAAAUAACAGUCGUAAUUCAAUACAUAACAGUCAUCCACAAAUAUUUCAUUCCGAUUUACAUACAUGCUUACCAAAUGCAGAGAGUACAACAUUUCCAAUCGAACGAUUAGUACUACAUUCCAAAUCUUUGUCAUCAUUGCCCAGUUUAUUACCAGCUACGUCAGCAAAACGAUUACAAAAAUCUUCUUCACAAACGAUAUCCAUGCGUUAUACAACAGUGUAUGAUGAUGUUUCUCUUGAACAUGAAUGUUACUGUAAACGAACUGACAUACAUCUGGAAAAUCCAAGACGAUUGCUUGUUAUUUAUGAACAUUUACGUAAUUCAAAUUUACUUGAAGAUUGUGAAAUUAUUCGUGGACGAUGUGCUACAAUGGAGAUGCUCACGGAUUGUCACAACCAUGCUUAUUUAUUCGGAUGUGAUUUACGUCAACGUGCACAACAACCAGCAGCCUUUAUUGAAGAAUGUCGACAAAAUAUUGUUAAAUUACCAUGCGGAGGAUACGGAGUAAAGGACGAUACAGAUACAGUUUGGAAUGAAGAAUAUACGGCUAGAGUAUGUCGACUGGCUGUGGGAAAUACAAUUGAGCUAGCCACACUUGUAUGGAAUGGAAAAUUAAAGAAUGGUUUUAGUCUAGUUCGUCCGCCUGGUCAUCAUGCAGGUGAAAAACCAUUAGGAUUUUGUUACUUUAAUAAUGUGGCUAUAACAGCAAAAUGGUUGAAAAAGCAUCAUAAUUUAGAACGAAUAGCCAUCGUUGAUUGGGAUAUUCAUCAUGGAAAUGGCACACAAGAUCUAACCUAUGACGAUCCAAAUAUACUCUAUAUUUCUUUACAUCGUUUCGAUAAUGGAACAUUUUUUCCUGGUGGUGGAAAAGUCGACGAAUGUGGCUCUAAUAAUGGCCUCGGAAAAAAUGUUAAUAUACCAUGGAGUGGCGAUUUAGCACCACCAAUGUCAGAUGUCGAAUAUUUGGCAGCAUUUCGAAGUGUGGUAAUGCCUAUUCUCGAAGAUUUUCGUCCACAAAUCAUAUUAGUAUCAUGUGGAUUCGAUGGAGCAGUUGGUCAUCCACAUCCAUUAGGCGGUUACGAAUUAACGGCCAUGUGUUUUGCAUAUAUGACGAAAAAAUUAAUGGGGUUAGCAGAUGGAAAAGUUAUUCUUGUGCUUGAGGGAGGAUAUGAAUUAAGUUCAUUGGCAGAAUGUGUAAAAUUAUGUGUAGAAGCUUUGCUUUGCAAAGAAUUGCCAACAUUUAAUAAUGAAACAUUGAGAGCGAUACCAAAUUCAAAUGCUGUUAGAACGUUAAAAGAAGUUAUUCAUGUACAAAAAAAGUAUUGGCCCACGUUAAAACAAUACGAACCAUUAAUCUCAUUGUCUCAUGAUAAAGCGAUAUCAGUACCAAUCUCACCAUACUAUAUUAAUGAUUCUAACUAA